CUUCGCGCGAGGUUUGCAGCGGGAAGUGGCCUGCAGCGCCGCCGUGUGUAGUCGGUUCUUGGGGCCGGCUGCUGACUGCUUCACUUCCAGUGACUUCUCGGAGCACAUGUGAGGGGAAGCCGCAGCCAUGAGCAGCCGGGUGUGUAAGAGCUGCGGCUGCACCGACAUCGAUGUGGACGCGGCCCGGGGAGAUGCGGUGUGUACGGGCUGCGGGUCGGUGCUGGAGGACAACAUCAUCGUGUCUGAGGUGCUGUUUGUGGAGACCGGAGGCGGCGGCUCCUCAGCGGUGGGACAGUUCGUGUCGUCAGAGGGUCUUGGUAAAUCUUCCACACUUGUUGGGGGAUUUCACACAAAUUUGGGAAAGGAAUCUCGAGCCCAAACUCUACAAAAUGGAAAGAGACAGAUCCAUAAUUUGGGAGUUCAGCUACAGCUCAACAAGCACUGUUUGGACACUGCCUUCAACUUUUUCAAAAUGGCCGUCAGCAAGCACCUGACCCGUGGUAGGAAGAUGACGCAUGUUAUCGCCGCCUGUCUCUACCUGGUCUGCAGGACAGAAGGGACUCCUCAUAUGUUACUUGAUCUCAGCGACCUUCUUCAGGUGAACGUGUAUGUCCUGGGGAAAACCUUUCUUCUGCUGGCCAGAGAGCUCUGCAUUAACGCUCCCGCUAUAGACCCCUGUUUAUAUAUUCCUCGAUUUGCACAUAUGCUAGAGUUUGGAGAUAAGAACCAUGAAGUGUCGAUGACGGCGCUGAGGCUGGUCCAGAGGAUGAAGAGGGACUGGAUGCACACAGGACGGCGGCCGUCUGGGCUUUGUGGUGCCGCUCUCCUGGUCGCAUCCAGAAUGCACGACUUUCGACGAACUAUUAAAGAGGUCAUCAGAGUUGUAAAAGUGUGCGAGUCCACCCUGAGAAAAAGAUUAACAGAAUUUGAAUACACACCAACGAGUCAGUUAACGAUAGAUGAAUUCAUGAAGAUAGAUUUGGAAAAGGAAUGCGAUCCCCCUUCCUUCACAGCAGGUCAGAAGAAGAUCCGGAUACAGCAGCUCGAGCAAGAAUUGUCAAGAAAACUGGACGAUGUGGAAGGAGAAAUCACAUCGUAUCAGGACGAAAUAGAGAAUGAGCUGGAGAGUAGCAGGCCAAAGCCAAAGGGAAUGUACGCUUCUUUCAGCAAAGACGAUGUAGAUGACUCCUCCAGUACGUUGGGAGAUGAUGACCGGGAGGAUGAAGAGUUAGAAGCUGCCGCAAAUCAUCUUAACAAGGAUUUUUACAGUGAAUUGGCUGAGAAGACAAAAUUGCAUAGCUAUGAGCCUACAGUCAAACCUAUCCCUAUAGAGACUCUGCUGGGGCCCCUGCCCACCGCUGCAAGCUUGGGGAUUACAGACUCCAUCAAGGAGUGCAUCGAAACCAAGGGACAGGAGAAAUCAGGUGACAGUGUGGAAGAUGGAGAGCUGGACCUUAAUGGGAUUGACGACAAUGAAAUAGACAGGUAUAUUCUGAAUGAGAAAGAAGCGGAAAUAAAGAAAGAGCUGUGGAUGAGAGAAAACGCUGACUACCUGCGGGAACAAAAGGAAAAGGAAGAGAGAAUUGCAAAAGAAAAGGAGCUGGGUAUUUAUAAGGAACAGAAGCCAAAAAGGUCUUCCAAACGCCGAGCCCCCAUUCAAGCCAGCACAGCUGGAGAAGCCAUUGAGAAGAUGCUGGAGCAGAAGAAAAUCUCCAGUAAAAUUAACUACGAUGUUCUGAGGGAUCUCAACAGCAAAGGUGGCAGCACCCCGAAACACGACGAGGAGGCCAUCACUGAGAGCAAAUUGACACAUAGGAAAACCACCGCCAACAGGAGCCUGACCAGUACCAUCAGCGGCACAAACAAAAGAUUGAAGCCGUUGGUUUCUACGCAACCACCUAAGAAGGCAGCGCUGGACCAGGAGUCAAGCAGCCCUGUGGUAAACGAGUCUGUAGUGGUGGAGAGUGGACCAGUCGCAUAUAACCAUGAGGAAGAAGUAGAGGAAGAAGAGGAGGAGGAAGAUGAGCAUUGUGUCAGCGCACUGCAGAUGCUGGGGGGCAACGAUUACGGCUGUGAGCUGGAUGACGACGAUGGUUAUUGAUUACCGUGGAAUGGAUAACAGCGGAGCUCAUUCUCCAGUGAUCUUGUAAUAUAUGGACUUGUAUCUAUUAUGCUGGUCUGUGAUCAGCACAAUUGCAAAUAAAAUUAAAGUUUUGUAAUAGACUUUACAAAAUUCCGUUUAUUUUGGUCAGUUCUCUUUGGCCUUGGACCCAUUAGUGUUUAUUGGGUUACUAGUACUUGAAAUUUUGUUGUUGUAGCUUUCAUUUUUUUUUAUUGCUGUUAUUAUUAUGUCGGAAUUAUGUUUUGAUAAAUCUGUACUUAGUAUUAAAUCAGUCUAAGCAUGGACCUAAA